ACUUGGUCACGAGGCCCAUCAUGCGGAAGAGUCGCGGGGAUCUGAUUAACAUCAAAGGAAAACCCCUAGUUUGAUUUACUGUCGUGACUGUUACCAGUGUUUUAUUUUAAAGAAAAAGUGGGUUCUCAAGAAAGGGCAGCGGACAGUUAAAACAAAAUGUCGUCGGAGGAGUUCGAGAAGUUGCACGAAAUCUACAGAUCCCUGUACGAAGAGCUCAAGCUAAUGCCGGAUAGAGCUCUGACAAGCCACGGAGAGGAGAGGAAGAGGUUGGUGAGAACCUUCGAUGAGAGGCAGGGGGAGGCUGAGGAAGUGUUACAAGGAAUGGAAGAAGAGCUGCGUGCUGCCCCUUCUUCUUAUCGAAAUGCAAUGACUACAAAGCUGCGUCUGUACCGCCGGGAUCUGGGCAAGCUGCAGAGGGACAUGAGAAACUCUGCUCCUAGCUUUGGCUCCUCUUCCCAGCCAGUGGGAGGGAAUCAUCAUGGCAUCUACUCAUCGCAAAAUCAGCAAAGUACACACCUGCAGUCUCAGAGAGCCUUGCUACUCCAGGGCACAGAGGCUCUGAACAACGCCAGCCAGAGUAUUGAACGAAGCCAACGCAUCGCUGCAGAGACAGAGCAGAUUGGUACAGAUGUCAUCGAGGAGCUGGGACAGCAGCGAGAACAGCUGGACCGCAGCAGAAACAGACUGGUGAAUACUGGAGAGAACCUCAGUCGAAGUCGAAAAAUCCUUCGUUCCAUGUCACGGCGGUUGGUGACGAACAAGUUACUUUUAGCUGUCAUCAUUUUAAUGGAGUUGGGCAUCCUGGGUGCUGUGGUCUACCUGAAGUUCUUCCGACGAUGAUCAGACUGUACCACCUGAACGCAGUCUAAGGUCUGGAUCCAGGCCAAACCCAGAUUCCCUACAUCUGUCUCCAUUGACUAUCCAGUAGCAAUAAUGCUGUUCUGCUGUAUUCAGCCAACUGUUUCUGUGAGUGCAAACAAGGACAAUAAGAUGAUUCAGUCUUAGAGGGAGCCUUUUCCUGGGAGUGGAUUCUGUCCAUGGGCAGGUGAAAUGACAAGUUGUUGAACCUGUUAAUGGACUGAACCUGUGGGAGCUCCAUGGACAAACUGUGACCUGAGAUUCACACCGUUUUAUUAGACUGUUAAUGCCAGUGAUGCCCUGCAGGAGGAUUUUCUGGACUUGUCUGCUGGCUGCUACAGACCCCAGAGAUGAUCCUCUGUGAGGUUUUAGUGAAGUCAGGGUGCAAGUCUCCUUACUCCCACAUGUGAAGAUUCUCUGGUGACCGUAUUUAUGAAAUGAUACCGAUAGACAUUGGCACAGCAGUUUUAUGAGGUUUAUAAAUUCUCAGAUUGGGAUACUUUACUGUUAGUCUUCACCACUACUGUAUUGUGGAUUACCUUUAUCAAACUAAACAACGGUAUGAAAUGGCACCAGCUGAACCUAUUUUUGUAGUGUCUUCAUGCCCAGUAUCCAGAUGGUUGUAUUGACCUCAUUUUUUUCAGUUCUGAGCCCUGAAACCUGAGGAUGAAUUUGUCAAUCAGAGGUAUGAAUGUGGUAAAAAAAAAAAAAGAGAGAAGGAGGGGUUGGUGGGUGGGGUCUCGUAAUACAAAUGUUGUCUAAUCACUGUAUAACACAAAAUCACUGUUAGAAGUAGACUUUGGUAUUCCUCCAUUAAAGCUAAUCUUUAACCUCAAUAUGCAUUGUAUCUGAUAUUUCCAGGAAAGGCAGCCAAACAGACCAAAGUUAAAAAAACAUCUGCUGUGCAGCUGACAUCACCAAAAUUAUUUACGCGCUAAAGCCCCAAGACCAGGCCAGGUUAGUGCUGGGUAAACAGCAUCUGUUACUAUGGAGUUAAUUCUCAAAUAAUAGGUGAUAAGGUUAUUUUUAGUGAUGUGUUCCUGAAGCGGCACAUUCUGCCUCAAUGUUUUUCUUCCGCUUAGAUAUCAUGCUUUCCUGGAGUGAUGCCAAGUGCAAAAACAUGUUUGGUGACCUUCCUGUGUGGGUGAGGUGGAGAGUGGGGGCUGGGGUAGAAGAUUUUUUGAUUUUUCUUUUAUCUGAAAUAUGCCUUCACAUUUCUUUUAAAAAACAAAACAAAAAGCUGUUUUGAAGUCUAAGUGCAAAGGGUAAAUACUAAGUUUGUAUUUCAUAUUUUAUUAAUGCAAUUAAUCAUUGUGUAACUAUGUUACCAGCACUAAUGAUAACAUGUUAUAUAAGCCCAAAUGAUUUUUGUGCAAGUAUUUCAUCAGGCAUAAUGGCAGCAUGGCUCUGCAGCUCUGUGGUAGUGGUGUCAGUCAGUCUCUACUCUAGUCAUCAUCUACUGAGGUCAAUGUUUUUACUCAUUUUGUGGAAUAUUUCAACAUCUACUGAUGGAUUGGCACAAAUUUCUAUACUGAUGUUCAUGGUUCCCAGAGGACAAACAUUAGUGACUGUGGAGAUCUCCUAACUUUUCCUUUAGCCACCAUGAGGUUGACAUUUGUGGUUUUUAGUGAAAUGUCUCAACAUCCAUUGGAUACACUGCCAUGAAGACAUUCAUGUUCCCCUCUGGAUGAACUGAAAUAAAUGGACCAUCUCUGAUUUUUAAUCUAAA